CGGGCGUGUUGCCUAUUUCCUCGUAGCAGUGACAACAUUUCCUGGCUUUCUAAAGAGCUUGCAGACUGUAAACUGCUUCCGUAGAACCACUGGGACCGUAUAAGCUGACAGGGUAGAGAAACCUCAGGACUUAAAACUUCCUAUUUGGAUUUUUGGCUUUACCUAGCUUAGGUGAGUGAGACGGCGCUACGUGAGCGAGAAGGAGACCAGACAACAUCACUGACCCUGUUGCUGCGUCAUUGAGCUUGAAAAGUUGGGAGAGUAAAUUACACAAUGACCGCGAAGGCAGCCUGUCGCAGUCUGAUCAUCUUUCUGAUGUGUCUCCUCAGUGUUGUAAAGAUCAGAGCUCAGUGUGAGAAACCCAGUACACUGGAAAACAGAGUUUUGACUCCUGAAUCAAUCAAACCGACUUACCCAGAUGGAGACACUGCAACGUUCCAGUGUUCAGUUGGUUAUAAGCCUGCAGAUCCAAAAGCUUCCAAAACUAUUAUUUGCUCUGGAAACAAGUGGGACUACAAUACGCUGAAACUUCAGUGCACAAAAAAAAGUUGUAGACCUCUUCCAGACUUUGCCAAUGGGAGAUAUACUUAUUCUCCAGAAGGAGAUGAAGGAGUUUUAUUUGGUGCGACAGCCACAGCACAGUGUAAUGAAGGCUAUAUGCUUCUUCGAUACACAGCUAGACGUUGUCUAGAUGCUGGUUGGGAUGGGAGAGAGCCUGUCUGUGAAGUGAUCAAGUGUCCUUCACCUCCUGAGAUAACGAAUGGACAGCCUGAGGAGCCACUAGAAGAAUAUGAUUAUGGACAGGCGGUCACAUACGUUUGUAAUGCAGGUUAUACUCUUUUUGGAGCAUCAACAGUAUCGUGCUCUAACAGUGGAACCUUUGAGCCUUCUCCUCCUGAAUGUAUAAAGGUGUCCUGUGAUUCACCCUCCGUUCCAAAUGGCAAAAGAAUGAGAGGAAUUCCACCCUUUGGAUAUAGAAGCACUGUAGAGUUUGCUUGUGAUUCUGGCUUUAAGAUGGUGGGAUCUGGUUCCCUGGUGUGUGACAGAAAUGGAUGGAAUCCACCUCCUCCAACCUGCAGUGAAGAGAUGGUGUCCUGUGAUUCACCCUCCGUUCCAAAUGGCAAAAGAAUUAAAGGAACACCACCCUUUGGAUAUAGAAGCACUGUAGAGUUUGCUUGUGAUUCUGGCUUUAAGAUGGUGGGAUCUGGUUCCCUGGUGUGUGACAGAAAUGGAUGGAAUCCACCUCCUCCAACCUGCAGUGAAGAGAUACAAGAAGUCUCAACAACAACAAGUACAACAACUACAGCAACACCACCUACUAGACCCACAAGUCCAGCUCCUAAAGAUAAGAAAGAAGAUGAUAAUCCAUCACCCAACAACGCCGGGAAAAUCAUAGGUGGGGUGAUAGGAGCACUUGGAGUACUUGGAAUUAUUGUUGGGUUGUAUUACUACAAAAAGCGAUCCUCUACACGUGGUUACUCUGGAAAUGUGGCUAAAAAUGAAGAGGGUGCGUUAUAGCAUGCCCGCAAUCCUGAUCUGUGGAUCAUACUCUGCCUCAUUCCAAGCCUUAGCGUCCUCCUGCUUUCAUAAGUUCGAGGAAUGCCUUACAUGAAUGAUGUGGAUUUACUCUUCGGCUGCUCCACGGAUGCUCGCAAGCUCAGCAGGACAACUUCUCUAGUUUAUUCAUGAUCGUUAGUGUCCGUUUUCUGCGAUACAGAUUAAACAUAAAUGUGCACUUUGCUCUAGAUUGUUAUGUUUAAUCUGUCUCUCAGAAAUUAGCCUUUUUGUCCAUACUGAUCUGAACUGGAUUCGAGUUUAUGAAGAAGAGGUGAGAGUGCUUUCAAAGCGGUAUCACCUGAAUUAUUUGUGCUUAACCCCUACAGUAAUUCCUCUCCUGCAGAUUUGAUCAAAGAAAAGUCACAGCUGAUUUUGGCCUAGAUUGUCACAUUUUUUUUCCAUGUUAAAACCUGAUGUUGGGGAUUAAGUUGCAUCUCUUGCACUGAGUUUUGUAAAAUAACAAUGUAAGAAUGUGCGUUCAGAGAUGAAAAGGAUUUUAUGUAUUCUGUUUAUAUUUAUUAUUUGUAAAACAUUGGAAACAGAUCAAUCUUAAGAAAAGAGUGGGUAUUUUUCAGUCUUCAUAAAGUAAAUCACUAUGGUUUAAAGUGGAUUUCCACCAUUUUUUUCCCCAAAGUUUCUGUAAAAUUCAGGCUUUGUCUUGAAACAAUGGUAAAGACAUCAGACAGUGUGUUUAUAACCAUUUCAUAUAAUACCUUUAGCAUCAAAAGCUUUAAACAUCUGGCUCCUGUCACCACCACUGUGAACAGUCCUGUCUCUGUAGAACUAUCGGUGAAAUAUUGGUGGAUAUCCCGUUUAAUCCCGCAAGAAUUGACUGUCACUCCUGUCCUUUUUAGUGGCGACCUUCUAUGCGCAAUCAACUACUACUGGAUUCUGUCGUGCUUGUGGUUCUCUUGAUUUUUUUUGUACAGAUAAAGCUAUACUCAGACAGGCGCAUAGCCUUUUGCAAUAGAUUCUGCAUGUAUCCAAGUUUAGAUUUAACCAAAAAAAAAAAAAAUUAUGUUCAUUGUGCCAGUCUUACUUACGUUUGAGAAAUUAAAUUUGCCACAGGCUUGUUCUGUAAAACAGUCUUACCUGUAUACCCUAAUGUCUUGAAUGAGUUAGUGAUCUGAAACUGUGCUUUAAAAGUAGGAUAAACUCUCUUGGAGUGCUUUCAGGAAUGAAACGUGGUUCUCUGUGCUCUACAUUAGUGAAGGUUCCACAGAGUAGUUCAGUUUCUGUUCAGAUUUCACUUGUGCCUUUGAUUUCACAUGUGAAAACACCCUCACUGUUUCCUGUAUUAGAUGCAGUUUUUGUGAUGUAUAAGUUUAAAGUGUUAACUUUAUGUUCAGUUUGCAGCUGCACUGCCUGUAUUAUCAUAUAGCCUUGAAGGUAUUAUUAUGAUUAUUAUUAUUAUUAUGAUUGAUAUUGUUUUUAAGCUAAAUAUCACUGCUGAAUAAAUUCAUAGAAUAAGAAGUCAAA